CAACUUUUGGACGCGUCUCGGUUUCACUCCUCCGUCAACCCUCCUGCUGCUCCGCGUUAAACUAAUUAAACUAAUGAGGGUGAUUAAACCGGAGCAGAUCUGCAGCCCCACAUCCUCCCGGAUCAUUUAUUUCAGGAUCUGCAGGUUUUCUUUCGCCAUUCUUCUGCCGUUCGUCUCUCCGGGUGGCGGACUCCGUUUCCAGCCUGGAACUCUCCCGUGAGCCGGAUUUCGGCUCAUUUUCAUGUUUCAUUCGUUUCCAAUCGGAAUAUUUUGCUGUUUCCAGACGCGGUCGUGCUGCUGGUCUCGAGCAUCAACCAAAGGAAAGUGAUGGAGAUGUUCUUUUCUUCUGCUCUCCGGCGGCUCUUCGUCGCUGAAUUGUUCUUGUGUUCUGGUGUUUAGUCCGUCAUCGCACUUUUCCUCCUCCACCUGGCUGAGCCGCACGGCCAUUCAAACCGGAGGAAAUGAAACAGUUUCACCUGGAUUCUACUGCAGCUUUUUACCGCACUUUAAUCCUCUUUAAGGAAUAAACCCAACAGAUGUUUGACUUCUGCCUGAAAUCAUUUUGAGGAAUUUAAACCAAGAAGAUUUAUUAUAUUAUUAAUUAAUAUUAUUUUCGCUCUUGUUUUAUCAUGUUGGAGUAAAAAUCCUGAACCUGUGAAUGUGUAUUUGAUCUCCCACUUUGCUUUCCAAUCUUAUUUCUCACAGAAUUACAUUUCCCCUGGAGGUAAUCUUUGUUUUUUCCACUGCUAGAAUCAUCUUUCCUUUAGGAGAGGAAAUUCUGGAAGUGGUGAACGGUUCCUCACUUCAUCGCCUUUGUUUCAGAUCAGUUUUUAAUUCAAAGCAAGGAAGGGAGAACCCUGAGAACCAGUAAGGAUCUUAAAGACUCGCAAGAAUGCUCGGAGGAAUGCUGUAGGUCCCAGAGGGACCCCGAAAAUCCCAUCUCUGUGAAACCGUAGAUAUGCUCUUGGGACCCUGAGGAAAUCUGGACAAUCUGGAGGAAACCAGGAGGAAAAAGUGUCCUGAAGAACUCUAAGGUACCCGAAGACCCUGUGAGAAUUGCUAUGGAUCUUAAAGCGACCCUGAGACUCCCUUAAGGAAUCCUAGAGAGACAUACUCGGUCUUAACAGGAGUAGGGCACAGCUUUGGUCCCUGAGUUUUUUUAAAUCCCAGAAAUCAAAGACUCAAGGAUCCACUAAGGAUUCUGGAGGAAACCUGAGGAACCCUGGCCCUAACGAAGCUGAAGCCCUUGAGGAUUCCAAGAGUUAAGUACUUUGAGGAGCUCUAUAGGGACCCUCAAGAUCCAGAGAAAAUCUGGGGACCACAGAGGAAGCCCAAACACGCUAGAGGAACCCUUAGAACUCCUCGGGGACCCCCCCAGAGAACCAUGGGCACCCUACGGGACCUGCAGUACGCCCUGCAGGAGAAGAUCGAGGAGCUGCGGCAGCGCGACACCCUGAUCGACGAGCUGGAGCUGGAGCUGGAUCAGAAGGAUGAGCUGAUCCAGCGGCUGCAGAACGAGCUGGACAAGUAUCGGUCCGUGCUCCGGCCCGCCACCGCCCACCAGGUCCAGGCCCAGCAGCAGAGGCUCGUCCUGCAGCCAGACCAACACCGGAGCAAACGGCAGGCUAUCUCCGCCGAGCCCACUGCCUGCAACAUCAGCGACCUCAGCCACGUCACCCUGCCCUUUUACCCCAAGAGCCCACAGUCGAAGGACAUGAUUAAGGAGGCCAUCUUGGAUAACGACUUCAUGAAGAACCUGGAGCUGUCUCAGAUCCAGGAGAUCGUGGACUGCAUGUACCCGGUGGAUUAUGGGAAAGACGCGUGCAUCAUCGAAGAGGGCGACGUGGGCUCUCUGGUGUACGUGAUGGAAGAGGGGAAGGUGGAGGUGACUAAAGAGGGGAUGAAGUUGUGCACGAUGGGACCGGGCAAAGUGUUCGGAGAGCUGGCCAUCCUCUACAACUGCACCAGGACGGCGACCGUCCGCACUCUGGUCCAUGUGAAGCUGUGGGCGAUUGACCGUCAGUGUUUCCAGACCAUCAUGAUGAGAACUGGACUCAUCAAACAUGCUGAGUACAUGGACUUCCUCAAGAGUGUUCCCACUUUCCAGGGUCUUCCAGAGGAGACUCUCAGUAAACUGGCUGACGUCAUGGAGGAGACUCAUUAUGAAGAUGGAGAGUUCAUCAUCCGACAGGGAGCCAGAGGAGACACCUUCUUCAUCAUCAGCAAGGGAAAGGUGAACGUGACCCAGGAGGACUCAGCCAAUCAGGAGCCAACACACCUCAGAGAGCUCACCAGGGGAGACUGGUUUGGAGAGAGAGCGCUACAGGGGGAGGAUGUCAGGACAGCCAACGUCAUCGCCGCCGAGGCCGUCACCUGCCUGGUCAUCGACAGAGACUCAUUCAAGCAUCUGAUUGGUGGAUUAGACGACGUUUCAAAUAAAGGAUACGAAGACGCUGAAGCCAAAGCCAAAUACGAGGCGGAGAACGCCUUCUUCUCCAGUCUGAAGCUGGACGACUUCAACAUCAUCGACACGCUGGGAGUGGGCGGCUUCGGACGCGUCGAGCUGGUGCAGCUGAAGAACGCGGAGGCGAAGACGUUCGCCAUGAAGAUCCUGAAGAAGCGUCACAUCGUCGACACGAGACAACAGGAACACAUCCGCUCGGAGAAACACAUCAUGACCGAGGCGCACUCCGACUUCAUCGUCAGGUUGUACCGGACGUUUAAAGACAGUAAAUAUCUGUACAUGCUGAUGGAGGCCUGUCUGGGAGGAGAGCUGUGGACGAUACUGAGGGACAGGGGUUCGUUUGAAGAUGCGACCACCAGGUUCUACACGGCCUGUGUGGUCGAAGCGUUCGCCUACCUGCACGCCAAAGGCAUCAUUUACAGAGACCUGAAACCUGAAAACCUCAUACUGGACAGCCGGGGAUACGCCAAGCUGGUGGACUUUGGUUUCGCCAAGAAGAUCGGCGUUUGCAAGAAGACGUGGACGUUCUGCGGGACGCCGGAGUACGUCGCUCCAGAGAUCAUCCUCAACAAGGGUCAUGAUGUCUCAGCAGACUACUGGUCUCUGGGCAUCCUGAUGUACGAGCUGCUGACCGGCAGUCCCCCGUUCUCAGGUCCAGAUCCAAUGAAAACCUACAACAUCAUCCUGAGAGGCAUCGACAUGAUCGAGUUCCCCAAGAAGAUCACCAAGAACGCCGCUAACCUUAUCAAGAAGCUCUGCAGAGAUAAUCCCUCCGAGAGACUGGGAAACCUGAAGAACGGAGUCAAAGACAUCCAGAAGCACAAGUGGUUUGAAGGUUUUAACUGGGACGGGCUGAGGAAAGGAACUCUGACUCCGCCCAUCACACCUGACGUUUCCUCUCAGACCGACACCAGCAACUUCGACAGUUUCCCUGAAGACACAGACGAGCCGCCGCCAGACGACAACUCCGGAUGGGAUUAUGACUUUUAGUCCAGCUCACAUCCAAAUCCCAAAACCUGGCACCCUACGUGGAGAUCCAGAUCUCAGAAGAAGACGGCUUCUCACCAGGCUGAACAAAGAACCUUCAUGUGCCAGUUGGAGGACGUUUUCACCCACAGCACCUUCCUGUGACCUGGGCGCUGUGGCCUUCAGAUCCCCAAUGCUUUGUAGCCACAUUGUGUCUCCAAAUGAUUUGAGUGUGUUGAAGGCAGCAGAAGGAAAAAGAAUCACCGGAAGCUUCUCACUGAUCAAACGGGUCCCAUCUGCUCCCUCUAACUGGAGGAACCUUGAGCUGGAAGAUGAGGCGGUUCGAGGAUGAGACAAACCACCUGUUGGCUUCAAUGGUUUGUCCCGGUCUCCAAGACCAGGGCCCCUAGUUCAUCAAGUCCAAGUAGACUAAGAGAGAGAUUGGACCUUAGUUAGUGAUGACACCCAGAAACCUGCUGCUUACACCCAUCAGUGAAGCCGCCACAGGCUGAAGCUGGUAACUCUAACGGGGGGUCAAGGACUUUUGUCACAAAGUGCUUCCCCUAAAACAAACGUGUUUAAUCAAAUGGACAUACGGAAAAGCUGGACCAGUGCAGUCAGACAGUUUUCCUGUUUCCAGAAGCUAAACAGGCAUCGAAUCGUCCCUGCAGAUAACUCCCAAUGAGUUCAUAUCAUAGGUCAUAGGCACAGAGGCCCUGAUUUUCUGCAACCAAUGGAAAGCCUUUGCUCCUGUCAAGUGUCCUUGAUCAUUGUCUGAACCCCCACUGCUACUACUGCCUGUGAUAUCUUAUUGUGUUUGUGCUGUGGAGGCAGUCAUGGAAGUCCUGAGGGGCUCCUCUAACCCUGUGAACCCAGGUUAGGCGCUCUGACAGCGGGCGGGAGACGUUUGUGGUCCGUUCGACGAACAAACGACGACUAACUCAAGGUCACCGUGAUGCCUUCACUUCUCAUUUCAUUUUCGGGAACUUCCAAAGACAGAAAGACAAAAGGUUUGGGUGUAGCAGCUGCGGACGUGAUACGAAAAUGUCUACUUUUAAACUUUCCUUUCACUUUGGUGAUGUUGUGAAUCUUCGGAUCAUAGCGUGAGAACAUAUAUUUUGUACAUAUUUCCAAGACAGACACAUUUUUGCACGCACCCACACACACUCCAUUCUCAGAACACAU